AUGAAGAAGGCCAAUCGUCGAGAGGUUCAACUCAACAAACCCACAAAUCCCAGUCUAGCGAAGCAAACAGCUGGUGAAAGUUCGCACCGACCCCAUGGCAGAGUUGGUAGGUUUCCGGAUAAGGCCAAGGACGAGCUAAGAACGUUGGAUCAGGCUAUGCUGUCUGGUGUGGAAGUGGAGGCUGAUACCCAAUUGGCACUUCAGGGUGCACAAGAGGCUGCGAAGCGCAUCCAUCCACUUUCGGGGCCUGCGAAACGUGUAGUGUCUGUUGGCCAAGGCGCACAAGCGGAUCUCCAUACUGCACAGGGUUUCCAGGACACCUAUCUCAAACCCCUCAAGAUAUUCGACACUGUUAUCGGAGAGAUUGCGAAUGUAUGCAGGUCCUCCUCUCGAUCACAACCGAACUAA